AUGACGCGCAAUACCAGCCCACGCAGUGUUGGUAACGACCCCAGUCGCAUUCCAUUUCCAAACCUCCCACCGCCAUACACAUUCAAAGGCAGUCGACCUACACAACGAGGCAACUCAAGUUCGUACCUGACCAGAGCGAACGUUUCCGACUUCACCACUACCAGCACAAUCCUCGUCGGCCCUCAACUCAUACCUUUCCAGAUCCAAACCAGCCUCCUCACAUCAAAAUCAUCCUACUUCCGUGUCGCGCUCACCGGACCCUUUGCAGAAUCUAGCAACAACAGCAUAACACUCGACGAUGUCGCAGUCGACGACUUCCAACUCCUCGUCACCUGGCUCUACGAGCAAGCAGUACCGAUCCCCUACAAAGACCGAAAACCAGCAUACUACACUCUCCUACACGUCUACGCCCUAGCCGACCGACUAGGACUAGAAGGCGCGAGAAACGCCAUCAUAGACACAAUAAGCGAUCUUGCCGACGAAACGAACAGCGUGCUAACACCCUCCGAUACACGUAUCCUAUACGAAGACAUCCGCGAAUCGGCGCCCAUCCGUACUCUCGUGCUGGAUCUUUUUGCGUUCAAAAAGACAGAUCGAUUGCUGGAAUUGCAUGCGGGGCUGUGGCAUGCAGAGUUCCUCCGCGAUCUGACUACCGUGUGCGCAGGCUAUGCAGCGGCAUAG